AUGGUAGCGCGUCUGACUCCAGAUCAGAAGUCCAGCGAGGGCGAGGACGACGCGCCGGGCGGCCACGGGCACGGCGACGGCGCGGGCGGCGGCGGCGGCGGUCCCGACUACGAGAACGUCGCCUGGCACGGGGAGGACCGGCGGCUGCAGGCGCUGCCCUUCCGGUCGCGGGCCGGCGUGUACAGCCCGUCGCCGCCGUCGCAGGACGCGCCGCCCGACCUGCACAACGACUCGGGCUACAGCACGCGCCUCUACGGCAGCUCCAAGGGGCCCUCGCCCGCGCUCUCAGGUGGCCAUAUCGAGUGCGACAGCAUGCUGCCGCCUUCGGCGACGGCGCAUGCGCUGUACGGGACGGGCCCUGGGCCUGUGAUUACACCGGCGCAGCGGGGAACGCCGCGCGGCCGUUACGACGAAGACCCGCCCAGCGGCGCCACCGUCGUCACUGCCAGCCUCGUCUGACGAGCCGCCGGAACUUCAGCAGCACGUCCAGAAUUUGGAAAUAGUCAGGAUUUGGAGGAGGAAGAAGAAUAACAUGCUCUUCGCGAAAGUGGAACUCAGGCACAAGGGCCUGUCCGAUCGUCGUGGGGUUGCUGACGCAGUUGCUGACAACGCGGGGAGCUGCUGAUGCUUCUUCACGUUCAGAACUUCACAGAAGACUUAAGAGGAGGAAAACGACGCGAAGAAAUGAUACAGCAUGCACCGAAACCUGCGUAUACAACCUGCACGCCAUGCUCUGCGUGAAAAUAUCAUUAUUCACACGUGCGUCCAACUCGAAAGAGAAACUCAAUCGCAAAGAAUUAUCAGUCACAGUUCAAUCCGCCGGAAAGACAGAUAUUGCUGAUGCCAAACGUUUAGAGCUCAGGCCACUAUUUCCAUGAAACCCAAAACUUGGCACGGCCAGACAGAUGCAGCUGGCGUCAAACGUUUAGAGACCAGAGACCACCAGCUCCGUGAAACCCAAAGGUAGGUACGGCCAGACGGCGUUCCGAUGAGGCAUAGUUGGGACGGUUUUUGUGGCAACCCGAGUGCUGAUGUAGAAGUCCCGAAAACUUAUGCCAAGCGGCGUAAGAGGUAUAGCCUUGUUCAACAUACGGAUCAGUGAUAAUUACCUUUCUUUUAGUUGUGGGGGCACCAUUGCACGGAGGCUUUAUCUGUGAGAAACGUGUAUGUGCACUCUAGUGUUAGUUUAAAAGAGAAUACAGAACAUACAUCAUUAGGAAUCAAAAACUUUAUUCUUCUCGUCCUUGCUCUUCUCUUCCUCUCAUUCAUCUAAUUUAUCUCUUCUUCCCUUCUGCUCCACCUCCUACUAUUUACGUUAAGGUUAUCCUUACCACUAACGUUAUCCUUACCGCGCUGAAACACCGAAGCAUGUAACGAAUACACAUAAAACGAGUUGGCUAAUUGACAAACGACAGCCAGUCGGUGUUCGGGCAAAUAUGUUUAGAAGAAAAAAUAUUAGUUGAUAGCCAAGCGUGGUGAUCCCCUCUCGUCCGGUCUCCAAACGUCUGGCGCACGCAGCAUGGCAAUCGUAGAUACAAUAAAUUGCAUCAAACAGAAGGAUCUGUCAAAUACGACAUUUUUUCAUGUUCAAAUAAUGUGAAGUAAAAAUGAAUCCCAAUAAAGUAUUAUGAUAAUUGUUUAGACUCCCAAACGAAUAUUUUUUCUCCAAUAAACCCAAAUUCAUGUUUAUUUUACACUUGUAAAAUUUAGACUGGUACUCCACCUUAUGACAGGAUGACUACAUAUAUACACUUUCUUCUUUUAAUGAAAGCAAAAUUUGCUUAAAAUUAAUAGGUUACUAUUUAUUAUUUUAAAUCAUAAAGCUUUAUUAGAUUAUUGCAGACUUUUAGUGACACAAUAAUCAAUUCAUGAAUUUUCUUUUCCUUUAUUGGAUGAGCAAAUUCAGAGGUCACAUUCUUAAAAUCCAGAUUGUAAAAAUUGUAUUGUAUGUUUUUCAAUUUUACUGCCCCCCCCCCCCCCCCCCCCCCUUCCUCUUGUAAUAAUAAGAUUACUGUUUCUAAACUUGUUAGUGAAAAAUAAUGAACAAAGUAUAAAAUAUAUAUUAUUUACUUUAUUCAAAAAUGUAUUAAAUAUUAUGUUCACUUAAAAUAAUUUGUGAUUUGAAUUGGAUGCCAUGCUUGAGAAGGAACUGAGAUCAGGGUGCAAAGUUAAUGAUGGCAUGGGGGUGAGGGAGGCCAGGAUAUCCAAUAGCAUCAAUUGGUAGGUAUAAAUGGAGAAGACCAUCACACGAAUCUCUAAUAAAAGGAAAUCACUAGCUGAUAAAUUGUGAUGAACCCACCCAGCAAAUUGGCACACACAGACAAUUAUGAUGUAUUAAAAUAUGACUGAAAGUUUUCACAAUAUGUAGGUCAGGCCUAUAUUUACAUCUUUGGAUAAAAUAUACAAUUCAUAUAAGUGUUAUUUGUAAGAAAUGUAGACCUACACAAAAGAAACAAAAAAAAGCAAUCAAAAAGUUAAAAUGGUAAUUUUGUUAUAAUGAAAAUGGAAUUUAUAAAAGACAGUCAAACAAUUGCAAAGAAAUGCAAUGAAUACUUCAUUUAUAAACACAGUAAUACAAUGAAUAACAUCAAUUUUAAUGUUUCAAUUGUAAACUUGUGUGAACAAAGGGGAUUUUAAAAUUAUUUGUGAUUUAAGUUUCAUCUACAUGUUCCAAAAUUAUUGUUGUGGUUUAAAAUUUGAAUUUAAUCUUAAAUCUGAACCAAACCUUUAUGUAAGUAUCCUUGGUCCAGCCUGAGUUUUCGACAGCAAGAUUGAUUUCUUAAUAGUAUCACCUUAAUUAUAAGUGACAGGCAGCAUCAUUUGAAGUUUUGACCUAGAUGUAGAAUUUGUUCAUAUAAACAUUAAAUUGAAAAACCUGUGUGAAUAUUGCAAUUGAUAGGUUUCUGAUUACAUCAUUAAAUUAAGAAAUUUGUGGGGACCAAUUAAAAUUGCAACAGCUCAGUCUUAUCACAAGAAGAAAGGAAAUGAUCUUAAGAAAAUAAUUCAGCUUUUUAUUGCAUGUAUUGUUGUAACAAAACACAAAGUAUGUAACAGUGAAAGGAUUUUUUCAGCUCAAUCCUUUGUAACAGUUCCAUUAUCCCCUAUGUAUAACUAACAAACUGAAAAAUUGAAUUGAAAAGCUACCUAAAAUAUUUCUAAUAAUAAGUGACUUGACAUGCUGAUCAUUUUGCAUUUAUUAUAUAAUUUCUCAAGGGCACAAUAAUUAAUGUAAAGACAAUUUGCAUUUUCCUCUAAAAUAUUAUACAAAACAAAUAUAACCUAAAGGAACUGCAUAUGCAACUUGUGUUUAUGACUGAUUAAUGACAUUUGUUCAGUUGUUCUUCUUAAGCCUACUACAUUGACUGAUGAAGCACGGGGUUGUGUGAAUUCACUGCAUCGUGUAAUUAAAAAAUAAUCAUUAAAAAAGAAUAUUGUUACUUUGUCUGUGAUCAAAUGUCACAUUAGUGCCAAGAACAGGUCAGGGCAUAACUAUUUUCUUUCAUUUGAUGUUCAUAGAAUUGAGAUAUAUCAAUGUAUAGCAGAAGGUAAAAUGCAAAUUAUCGUUUCUCAUUUCCAACACCAGUAUUGACUGUAAGUACACUUGUACAAAUUUUUUAUAUAUUUAUUUAAAAUAGAAACUCCUUUUUAAUACAAAAUGAAGUCUAAAGUAAAGAUGACUAUGUAUUAAUGCUAAUGAAUUGGUUGACUCCAUAAGAGUUAACCAUUGUACCUGUGUAUUGAACUAAGAAAUCUUUGUAGCCUUUAUAUAGAACUGUUAACAAUUCUGUAUAUAGAAAUAACACAUUUCAAUAUUUCCAUUUAAUUAUUAACAUUAUCAAUUGUCAAUCCAAAGAUCUUAGUAGAGUUUGCCAUAGUAACUAACCAUUGUGUAAGAAUCUGGAUUGAAUGAUAAUUAAUUUACUUCAAAAAUAUUUUAAAUAUAUAGCAAAUAUCAAAAAAGAAUUAUGCAAAAUACUUUUAUUGUAAAUUCUAAUUUUAACUCACAAGUGCUCUUUAAAAUCUUAGAAAACUGAAAAUGAUUUAAUGAAAAUUUUGGAACGGAUCUUGAAAUUUCCGGCAUGUUAUGUAUUUAAAAUUAACAGUUACAUAGCCAAAUAUUGAAAACAUAUUUUGAAUUUGUCUUCUGAAAAUACUGAAAUCGGGUUCGUUUAAAAUCAAUCAUCGCUACUUUCUAAUAUACAACAGAAAAAUUGGAAACCUACAUUUUCUGGAAGUAUGAAUGAUAAAAUAAUCAAGAGAAUCAAAAUUGUAUGCAGUUUAAAUUUAUUUAAUUUAAAAUUGCUUAAAUACUUUAUCGUUAUUCAAUUUGAUGCCUAGUAGUAUCAUGAUUCAAAGAACAUGACUACGUACUGUGGGAGAAAAAUUGUUACGGUUUUCUUCUAUCUUCAAAACAUUGAAGUAUGACACAUUGUAUGUCAUUGCCUAUCAACCUGAAAGUAAUAUUUCACGUUGAGAGAUAUUUAACUUUAUUCUUUUGGACCAUUUUCAUUGUAAUAAUUUCUAAAUCAUCACGUUGUCUUCUGAAUGAAUUGAAAUAACUAAUCAAUUUUUUUCAAGUAUUUAUUAUGCUUUUAAUGUUUGGUCAAUUGCGUAUUUUAGUUUAUCUUAAUUUUUCAAAUACAGUGCAUUUACGAAAUGUGUUCUUUCUUCUUAUGUAAAUGUUUAUUUACGUGUUCAAAUUGUAUAUUCUCUUAAUAAACA